GGGAGCUGUGGGGCCGUCUGGCGCACCGGCUGCGGCAGCUGCCUGCGGGAGAGCUGGUGGGUGCUGUAGGCCGCCGGUCGCUGCUGGCCGCCUGCCUGCCGCACGUGCGGGCCAUAAGGGCACUGCAGCAGGGGCAGACCUCUCCCGCACACCCUCCGCCGCCGCAGCAGCAGCAACGUCAGCAGCAGCAGUCCCAGGGGCCGCAGCCGCAGCAGCAGGGCCCCGCCGCGGGACAGGGGCAGCCGCAGCAGCCGCAGCACCCCCCUGAGGGGUCCCUGCAGGUCCACUGCGCGGCGCUGCGGGAGCUGCUGCAGCGGCCGCUGUCCGCCUGGCCGGAGGUGCGGCGGCUGGGGGAGCGAAUCAGGCCG